AUCACCAAUUUAUUUAGGUGUAAACAAACACACAUACACACGCCCAUUGGAUGGAAGUACAAAAUUAGCCAUCCUAUUGUCCAGCGCGGCAAUAUUCCCAUCUAGAAUUUGGUCCCUUCAAGGCUCCAACCCUUCGAUUUGAAUUUGAAACCCGAAAAAAAGGAAAACAAACAAAUUAAGGUAUAAAAUUGAAUUGAUUUGUUUACAGAAUUACAUGUGCUUUCCUUCCGCUUUUUUCUUCUGUAGAUUUACCGGUGAAGUAACGCUACUUAACGGCGCGCUCUUCUUGCAAAUUCAAAUUCUCAUCCCUCCACAUCCCAAUUUUGCUCUACUCAUUCAUUCAUUCAUUUCCCUUUUCCCCCCAACCCCCAUUAAAAAACCCACUUUGAAACCCUAGACCAACCAAAUUCAAAAUUUCAAGACACCCAUCUUAAUAUACCUAGUCCAUAUACUUACUCUCUCUUUAUCGUUUAAGUAAUUCAAAUUUACAGUCUUGAAUUUGAAUUUUCUGGGGUUGCUGAAAAGGCGAAAUUCUUGAAAAGUUUUCUUUAGGGAAUAAUGGAUGAGAAUUGUGGGAUUUCUGAACAGUCUAUUGGGAAGACUGGAUCUGGGGUAAAGGUCAUUGCUGGGGAGAAGAGGGGCAGCGCAGAAGUUGAAGAAAGAACCGGACUUGGUCACAAAAGAGUGAAAAUGAGGGAUCUUGUAUCUGUUCUGCGUGCAGAAGAAAAAACUGAAAUGGGCACCAGUAAACUGGUCACUGAUCCUGCAUUUAGUUUGAUUGAUCUGAAUGCAAAUAUUGUUGCCUCUAGCAAUGCAACUACAUCAUGUGUUGAAGAAACCAACAAAAUGGCCUCUCUGGGGAAGAAAGGCAAUGGUCGCGACGGGGACUUUAUGAAGUCAAAGGGGUUUGCUUUAGAUCUGAAUGCAGAAGAUGUUUCUAGCUCUAUUAAUCAUGAAUCUUCAUAUCCGUACAAGACCUCCGCCUACUUGAAAUCAAAGGAUGAUUUUGAGUGUGCAAGUUCAGUUGGUCCAUUGGAUGAGAAUGAGUCGAUGAGAAUCUGGAAUGAGAUGAAACAAAAUGGUUUUCUUUCACAUACUCACGGAGGUGCACCCAUGCCAAAGAUGCAAGGGAGGAAAAGUAAAACUGAUGGGAUGAAGAAAAAGAUAGAGCUUGCAAAGAAAGAACGAGUUGACAGGUUUGCGAAGAUUGCUGCACCGAGUGGAUUGCUCAACGGGUUAAACCCGGGGAUCAUAAACCAUGUCAGGAACAGUAAGCAAGUUCAUUCCAUUAUAGAAGCCCUAGUAAAAUCUGAAAAGCGUGAAAAUGCCCAUGGUAGGAGCAAGGUUCCUUCCAACCAAACAAAGUGGGGAUUGAAAGACCAUAAUGAAAGAAAGAAAGACCAGGAGAAUUUAGAUGGUCCAGGAGCAAGCAGAUUCAACCCUGCUGUUGAAGAUCUGCCAGGAGACACGUGUACGAGUGGUUACCUAACAUCACUGAAUAAAUCAAUCUCUUUGAACUCAGUGUUUACAGGUGGAGAUGGAGGUUCAUGCAUGGUUGCUGGAAAGAUGGUUUAUCGUCCAAACCCUAACAUAGGCAUUGAGGAUGAUGCACUUGCACUGAAAUUGUCAUCAUCCACAACCAUUGCAUCAGAUAAUACGAGCUCAUUAUCUAAUGAGGAAUCAGCAAACCUAGCAAGUGUUAAUUCACUUUCUAUUAAAGCUGCUAACGUAGCUUCACAAUGGUUGGAAUUGCUUCAUCAAGACAUUAAAGGACGUCUUGCAGCAUUGCGGCGUAGUAAAAAGAGAGUCCGGGCUGUAAUUCAUACAGAAUUCCCUUGCUUAUUUUCCAGAGAGUUCACAUCUAAUCAAGAGAACAGCUCAUAUGAUACACAAAGCACUUCCAUUGGUCAUUUUGACAAUGCUAAUGCGCAUGCUCAUCGUGGUAGAUGGACAGCAUUGUUUGAUCAGAUGGAUAGAGCUCUUUCAGAAGAAGAAGGGCAACUGGAAAGUUGGCUCAACCAAGUAAGGCAAAUGCAGCAGCAAUGUGAACAGGGUCUUCAGAAAUAUGGUGCACUGAUGCAUCAGUUGGCGAUAUUGCAAAAUGACUGUAGAUUAGAGAAAGCCGAGAGUUCUGAAACGGAUUUGGCAGUCAGGGCUGCUGCUGCUUCCAUUUAUUCAACUUGCAACUUUCUAUCUUCGAUGGAAAACCUUCCUUGUUGCUGAUAGUUCCAUUCACAGUUCCUUCUUGUAUAACUGGUGCCAAUUAUACUGUACUUUUGACUCCCCUGAUUCAUUUCUAGUAAGUAUUCAAUAUGCAAUGUUGUGGUAAUUGAUGUUGUUAGCUUUGUAACUUAUUUAUAGUUCACUUUGGAUAUCUUCAAGCAGAAUCAGCUUUAACAAAGACCAUAUUUGUUACCUGAUUAUCUUCUAAUAGAAAUUUGGAUUAGUCGCUA